AUGAAUUCAAAAUGUUUAUUUCUUGGACGAAGAUACUAUCAGUUGGCACAAUCAAUCAAUCAAUCCCGUUUAUUUCAUCUGAAUUUUCGACGAUCAUUGGCUACAAUUACUGAUCAAUCUAAACUUUCGAUUCCUGAACCGAAAGAUUGUUCUAAAAUAACUCCAAACUAUGCAAAAUUGGUUGAAAAUUUGUCAAUUGUUCAAAAAAGAAUUUUUGGUGGUCAACCUUUAACUUUAGCAGAAAAAAUAUUAUACGCUCAUUUAUGGAAUCCAAAAGAAAUCAGUAAUAUUGUCAAAGAUAGAGUCGCAAUGCAAGAUGCGUCAUCUCAAACAGUCAUUCUUCAAUUUAUGCUUGCUGGAAUGCCAGAAACAGCUGUUCCAACAUCUAUUCAUUGUGACCAUUUGAUUGAGGCAUAUGAAGGAGGUGACAAAGACGUGAAGACAGCUGAGGUAACAAGUAAAGAAAUAUUUGAAUUCUUGAAAAGUGCGUCAGAAAAAUAUGGAAUAGAAUUUUGGAAGCCAGGAAGUGGAAUUAUUCAUCAAAUUGUUUUAGAAAAUUACGCUGCCCCUGGUGCCCUUAUGAUCGGAACUGAUAGUCAUACGCCAAAUGCUGGUGGUCUUGGAACAAUAGCUAUAGGAAUUGGUGGUGCAGAUGCUGUUGACGCCAUGGCAGAUAUUCCAUGGGAACUUAAAGCUCCAAAAAUAAUUGGCGUAAAAUUGACCGGAAAAUUGAAUGAAUGGACAAGUCCUAAAGAUAUAAUAUUACAUUUGGCUGGAAAAUUAACCGUUCAGGGUGGAACCGGUCAUAUAAUUGAAUAUUUUGGUACAGGAAUUGAAACUCUGUCUUGCACGGGAAUGGCCACAAUAUGUAACAUGGGAGCUGAAGUUGGCGCAACUACUUCUGUAUUCCCUUUUACAUCAAGCAUGUACUCAUAUUUAUCUGCGACUAGGCGUCAUCCAGUUGCUAAACAAGCUACUUCUUAUGCAUCAUAUCUUAAAGCUGAUGACAAUGCUCGUUAUGAUCAUAUUAUUGAAAUUAACCUAUCGGAACUUGAACCCCAUAUUAAUGGUCCCUUUACUCCAGAUUUAUCAACACCUCUUAGUAAAUUCGCUGACUUUGUUACGAAAAAUGGUUGGAAAGAUGAAAUAAAAGCUGGACUAAUAGGAACACAGGCACUCGAUAAAGGUGUACGUCCAAAGAGUGACUUUUUUAUUACUCCAGGAAGUGAUCAAAUUCGUGCGACAAUGGAAAGAGAUGGGCAAACUGAAAUCUUGCAGAAAGUUGGUGGCCGUGUUUUAGCUAAUGCUUGUGGGCCUUGUAUAGGGCAGUGGAAAAGAACGGAUAUUCAGGAGAAUGAAGAAAAUGCUAUCUUAACUUCAUUCAAUCGUAACUUUAAAAGUAGAAACGAUGGAAAUCCAGCAACAAUGAACUUUUUGGCGUCUCCAGAGAUUGUGACAGCCAUGACAUUUGCAGGUAGAUUAACAUUCAAUCCGAUAACAGAUACAUUAGUAGACAAAGAUGGUAAAGCAUUUCAAUUUUCAAGUCCAUCCGGUGAAGAAUUACCAAAACAUGGAUUUGAAAGAGGGAGAGAGUUUUAUGAGCCAUCACAGGUUUCAGCAGGCAACCCAUCAACGCAAAUUAUAAUCCCUCCGGAUUCAAAUCGACUUCAAUUAUUAGAACCAUUUCCAAUAUGGCAUGGAAGUGAAUUUCAUGAAUUACGCGUUUUAAUCAAAGUAAAAGGCAAAUGUACAACGGAUCAUAUAUCUGCAGCUGGACCUUGGUUGAAAUUCAAAGGACACCUAGAAAAUAUUUCAAACAACACUUUGAUUGGCGCAUUGAAUGCCGAUAACGAAAAAGUUAAUGUUGUAAGAAAUAUUUUGACUGGAAAGGAUGGAACCAUACCAGAAGUUGCACGUUAUUAUAAAGAAAAUAACAUUCAAUGGAUCGUUGUAGCUGAUCAUAAUUAUGGUGAAGGAUCAGCCAGAGAACAUGCAGCAUUGCAAGUUCGCUAUUUAGGUUGCCCAAUAAUCAUUGCAAGGUCAUUUGCAAGAAUUCACGAAACAAAUUUAAAGAAACAGGGGGUGUUACCAUUAAUAUUUAAAAAUGAAGAUGAUUAUAAUUUAUUAUCUGGCGGUGAUAGUAUCUCUACAAUCGGUGUUGUAGGAUUAGAACCAGGUAAAGAUGUAACGAUUAGAAUCAGAAAAGAAAGUGGUGAUAAGAAAAAGAUUGAAGAAUUUGAUAUUUUAACAAAACACACAAUGUCGGAAAAUCAGAUUGAAUGGUUCAUUAUGGGAAGUGCUUUAAAUCUUAUUGCUAGUAAACAGAAAUCUGGCAGUAUUUGA